AUGGUCACUCCCAAGAAGACCACGCGCGCAGUAAAGGGCAAGGGCAAGGGCAAGGCGAUCCCCAAGGCCGUUGAGCCAACACCCUCCCCGUCGCCGCAGCCCGAGCUUGAGGAGGACGACGAGGACUCGGACGACGACGGUGUCGACGAGGCGGGCAUGCAGCGCCUCAUGGAGCUUGUCGGGCCCGAGGACCUGGACGAGGUUGAGAGGUCCCAAUUGGGAAUGGACGAGGACGAGGAUGAGGAUGAGGACGAAGACGAGGGGGAGGGUGACGAGGACGCAGAGGAGGAGGAAGGAGAUGAGGACGACGACGACGUGGUCAUCGAAGAGGCGGAUGCGGACGCGCUGGCAGUCGACGAGCUUGGUUCGGAUGUGUCGCUGGACGAGGACGCCGUGCCUGCACGCAAGGUGACCACGAACAACAAGCCGGCGAUGCGUAUCCUGACCGACGGUAUCCGGAUGACGGACACCGAGUGGCCUGAACAUCUGAUCGUUCAGUCCAAGACGGUGUUGGACGUGGACCCGAACGAUGACCUGAAGCGCGAGAUGGCGUUCUACAAGCUGGCGCUGGACGCGGUGCCCGAGGCGCGCAAGCUGUGUUCCAAGUACGACAUUCUUUUCUCGCGGCCAAACGACUACUACGCCGAGAUGGUCAAGAGCGACGAGCACAUGGAGCGUGUGCGGACCAAGCUCGUCGAGGAGGCGCAGGGUAUCAAAAAGUCCGAGGAGGCAAAGAAGCAGCGCGACCUCAAGAAGUACGGCAAGCAGAUCCAGGUCGAGAAGCUCAAGCAGCGCGAUGCGGACAAGAAGAACUUCAGCGACAAGGUUGCUGGUCUCAAGCGCAAGCGCAAGGACGGCGCCGAGAUUGGUGGCGGGGACGACGAGUUUGGGAUCGAGAUCGACGACGACGACGAGCCCCGCCGUCAGGGCAAGGGCGGCAAGGCGGGUGGCAAGAACAAGAUGCCCCGUUCUGCGCGUGAUGCCAAAUACUCGCUCGGCGGUGGCGGCAAGCGCUCGAAGCAGAACACGCGCGAGAGCGCCAACGACAUUCCUGGGUGGGGUGGUGGCGAGAAGAAGGGCAAGUUCGGUGGCAAGGGUGGCAAGGGCGGAGAGCAGGGCAAGACGCAGCGGCCUGGCAAGGCGCGUCGCCACUCGCGGAGGAAGUAG